CACGGCGCACUAGUCCUGGCGACGUCGUUGAGUUAAACAAAUUCGAAUCAUUUAUUCUGCUUCCUAGCUCCUCCUAUCAGGACGAUCUACAAGGAGGAAAUUUACUGUCGGUCGGGUGUCAUGCCAGAAGUCAGUGCCAUGACUCAUAAGUGAGCAAGGAGUUGCUUUGGUGCAGCAUAUUCAUAAACAUGAAUAUGCUACGCGAGUGGUCACCGCUGGUGGAGUUGGUCAACAAAAUUCCAGUAACUGUUCAGCGGGGCCUGCUGUUUCACGAUGUGUCCAUCACCUGCAUCGAUCUGGUACCGGAAUUCAUCGCUAUCGGCACGAACGUGGGGCUGGUGUUUUGGUACAACCGGAAGAGUGGUGAAAUCGAACGGCUGGCGACGGAAGGUGGCUCGCAGGAGCUGACCAGCGUACGGAUUAUAUCGACCGUUGAGUACAUGGUGGCGGUCGGCUGUCGAGAGGGGAAUCUAAACAUAUUCCAAAUCCCCAAAACACCCCCACCGGACGUUUGCGCAGAGUUGCUGCUGAAAGCGAAACCGAUCGAACGGUACACGGUGCGCGGACUGCAUCGAGCAUCGGUCUGCGAGCUCGUGUGGUCGAAGAAUGGAAUGCGGCUGUUCUCGGGCGACGCGGCUGGCGCGGUGGUUCUGACUGAGAUCGGGUACGCCUCGAAAACCUGCCAAUCGCGUGAAAUCAUCAACGAACGGUACGAAAUAGUCCAGAUGGAUCUGCGACAGGGCAAGCUGCUGGUGUCGAGCUCGUUUCGCACGGUAAUCUGCAGCCCGGAGGACGGCGGUCAACGGUGGCGAGUGGCACAGGUGGGAAAGAAGGACCGUAAAAUGCUGGCCCCAUUCGGUGCAGUGUUUGCUACCGUGCACGGCAAGCAGCAAAUCGUUUCGACACGCUCGGGCUUUCGGUUAUGGUUGGCCGACGAUGAAGGAAACGUAGCACAGACCCUUAUCUUCAAGGAGCUAAUGCGUGCCCCGUGCCCGGAGAUAGGUCUGCUCAAUCCGAGCCGCAAUCCGAUAAGAAUUCCUACCACCUUCGGCAAGCUGUACCCGUUCGAAGCGAACCAGAUAGUCUCGGUGGCCAAUGGGGCACUUUUUCUACUCGACCUUGAGCGAAUGGCCGUCGUAGGAACGCUCACAAGACUCCGUCACAUUCUAGACGUGGCCGUCGAUCGGAACGAAAUACUCAUUCUCGAAAAUGCCCGCUCUCUAGUACGCAUUGCAACCCUUCCCGAUAGCAGCCAGACGACGAUUGUGCUUAAGAAUUUGGAACUUUUUGUGAGCGCCGAGUCACAGGUCGUCCUUGCGGACGAAUGUUACGAGGAAACGCCGGUGGAGAUGAUACGCAACGGGGAAUCGCCUACCAGUUCAGCACCGGGUGAUGACGAUCGACAGACGAUGGCAUCGUCGUCCUCGUCAUCCACCGAUCAGACGGAUGGUGGUGGGGGGGACGACGUGCGGUUAAUUAACAGCCACAUGAAAAAACUGGAACUGUUCGAGACGCUGAAUGAGCUGAAGUACGAUGAGUCGAUCCUGUUCAAAAGCGGUCGCAGCCAUCGACGCAAGCAUCGGGCGAAGGUGAACCCCAUUGUCGAGAUCGGGCAGAUCCCGAAGGAGGUAGAAACGGACGACGCUACAUUGGGAAGCUAGGAAUAAAAGAAGGAGGUGGCGUGACCAUUACAUUAGAAAGUAAUCUUAUAUUACGCUUGUUUUUGUGACGUUUUGGCCGGAAAUGAUCUAAGGUGAUAAAACCGUGGGUGUUUUUAACCGUUGCCCUUCACUCUAUGCCGUUAAAGCAUUUGCUUCACAAAGUGAAACGAAAAAAAAUGGAACGCUUAAAUCCCUUCAAAGGGACCCACAUAUUUUUUCCGCUGUUAGCUAGUUUUUCUUUCUUAUUUACAUGCAUGUUAAAAUUUCGUUUCGUUACUUUUAAGUGAUACGCACGGAGCGCACUGGCUUUAAAUGUGAUUAUACUACAGUAGAAAUAAUAAAAUAUUUUGA